AUGGUUUCUCCCGUCAUGAUUCGCCUCGCCGCGGGCGCCGCACUCUUAGCCGGUGUCAACGGCCAGUCGACUACCUCGACCACCGUCGUCGCUCCGACUACCACCGUGACGCCCAGCACCACGGUCACCGUGGCUAGCCCCACGACCACGGUCACCAGCGGCGGCACCACCACCACUCUGACGACCUCGACUGCCGCCUCCUCCAGCAGCAGCAACACGGUUUCCAGUGACACCUCCAUUGUGACCAGCAUCGGCAGCUCUACCGCCACGGUCAUUGCUCCCACGAGCACCUCGGUCACCACCGAUUCCACCCUCAGCAGCGGAACCAGCACCGUUCUGAGCACCACCGAGACCUCCGUCUUGACUUCGACCGACUCGACCUCUUCGGACCCCGGCACUUCCACAACCACGACUUCUGCCGAUGUUGUUACCUCUACCGUCCUGACUACCUCGGCCCUCAACACUACGGAUCCCGGCGUUCUCCCUACCUUUACCAGCUCGACUGUGACCCUUCCCAACAACAGCACCACGGUUGUUCCCAUCCCGGUUGAUCCCACCACGGGACCCAUCGUCACCACACCUCCCGUCUUCCCCAACAGUACCGCCCCCACCACCAUUCCUCCCCCAGUGACGACCACGACCUGCAACAACAACGGCACCUGCAAUGUUAUCACCCUACCCCCUUGCGUGACAAUCACCUCCUGCUACAACGGCUACUGCCACCCUGUCACGACAAUCACUUACCCUCUUCCCCCCGUCGUCACCCCUCCAACUCUGACGACCAUCACCCGCUGCGACUACAAUGGAACCUGUUCAACCUACACCCGCACAAAGUCCGUUCCCGCCACGAUCAUUCCCCCCUUCUACACCGACUGCUUAACCCUGACGAAGACGUACACUACUUGCAACAACGCCGUCUGCAGCACCGUCACCACCACUACCACCUCGUCCUUUACCCGCCAGGGAACCCCCACCCCUACUGGCCCUGGUGGCUCUACCAUGGUCACGAAGCCUUCCAACCCGGCCUCGCCUCCUGUGAACCCGCCUACGAACCCCAGCAACCCGCCUACCAACCCGUCGAAUCCUCCCAGCAACCCCAGCAACCCGCCUACCAACCCUUCCAGCCCGCCUAGCAACCCCAGCAGUCCCCCUUCCAACCCUCCUUCCAACCCUCCUUCCAACCCUCCUUCCAACCCUCCUUCCAACCCUCCUUCCAACCCUCCUUCAAACCCCCCUUCAAACCCCCCUUCAAACCCGCCUGCGCAGCCUCCUGCGCAGCCUCCUGCGAACCCCCCGGCCAACCCUCCUGCGAACCCCACCUCGCCUCCUACCAACCCGCCCGCUGGCAGCUCUCCCGCGACUACGCCCGCUGUUCCCACCACUGUCAGCGGCACUCGUCCCGGCACCACGUCUCCUACCGCUGUGGUUACGGCCGGCGAGCCCGCUCUGAUGGCUGUGAACGUUCUUCCGUUGAUGAGCGUUCUCGGUGCGGUUGCCGUUGGUAUGGUUGUAUUCUUGUAG